CCUUCGACCCGCCCACGACCAAGGAGAGAAAACACACCCCUUACGCCUCCGUCUUUCUCCUUGCUCCUUCUGCAUUAGGGUUUGCUACCUCUCACUCGAUCCGCUCGUGCGAUCUUGUUCUCGUUCGGCGAUCGAGGAGAUGGACGAGGGGAGCAAUAGCACCACUAGCUUCCCCAAGUCCCACGUUCGCGGCGGUGGCGGCGGCCUCUUCCCCCUCGGUACGCCAGCCUUCUCUAGCUGCCAGUCGGCUUCCACUAGUGGCAGCGCCGGCUCGCCCUCCAGCAGGAGUGAAAUAGUGGCAACGACUCCCGCCAGCGAGAAUACCUUGGUCAGGCUGAACCACCUCGAUAUCCACGGGGACGGCGAGGGGACGCCCGAAGGAGCCGUGAGUGGCAAAAAGAAAAAACGGAGUUCUAGGGCUGUUUCAGGUGAUAAAAGUGGCAGGGGUCUUCGGCAAUUCAGCAUGAAAGUUUGUGAGAAAGUUGAAAGCAAGGGGCGAACUACUUAUAACGAGGUUGCAGAUGAACUUGUCACUGAAUUUACAAAUCCACAAAAUAAUCCAGGAUCUCAAGAUCAGCAGCAAUAUGAUGAGAAGAACAUACGGCGAAGGGUAUAUGAUGCACUAAAUGUUCUCAUGGCUAUGGAUAUUAUCUCUAAAGAUAAAAAGGAGAUACAUUGGAAAGGUUUACCUCGAACUAGUCUAAAUGAUAUUGAAGAAUUAAAGGCAGAGAGAAUUGGAUUGAGGAGUAGAAUUGAUAAGAAAACUGCAUAUUUGCAAGAGUUGCAUGAUCAAUAUGAAGGUCUCCAAAACUUGGUUCAAAGAAAUGACAAGUUAUAUGGAUCAGGAAAUCUUCCAUCUGGUGGCGUUGCUUUACCAUUUAUCUUGGUUCAGACUCGUCCACAUGCUACGGUUGAGGUAGAAAUUUCAGAAGAUAUGCAACUUGUACAUUUUGACUUCAACAGUACCCCGUUUGAGCUACAUGAUGAUUCUUACGUGGUUAAAGCAAUGGGAUUGUGCAUGCGAGAAAAAAAUGAUGGUUCUCUAGCACCUUGCUCUGAUGGAGGUGAUGGCUCGAGCGUGAUAGGUGCUAGUCAGAAGCACUCCUCACCAUCUUCUAGAGCUAAUUCUAUGACCAGAGUUUUAGCUUCUCCUCCUAAACCUGGGAUUCUAAAAUCGCGUGUGAAGAAUGAACAUUAAUCUCAAAAGUUUACAGCUUUCUCAUUGUUGCCUCUUGUUAUCAAGUGCCAUUUUCUUCACAAGGUAAAUAUAAAUAAGUCGAUAAGCUGGGGAAAUUAAUUGGGUUUGUUUGCUAACUUAGUCUUUUUAACAAGUCGGGAUGGUCGCUUAGGGUUCAACAGCUGCCUGAUUUGUGGUUCUCAGGCAUUUCCAUCUUCCCAUAUGGUAAUGUAUUCGUACCGUUUCUCCCUUCUUGCAAUACUUUCCUUAUGAGUAGUUUAUAUAGGAAGUAGUUCUGGUACUCAAUUACCUUGACCAUUUGUAUGCACUGGAAGGAAGCCAUUUAAUUGUGUAGAUUUGUAUUAAGAAAAUUGGAUUAAAGGAGAUCUUAAAAUUCCAUGUUAUUGGUA